AUGAGGGGGGAGGCCAACGGAGGGGACCGGCGGCCGCGGGACGAGGAGGGGGAGGAGGAGGAGGAGCCGCCGCAGCAGCAGGAGGAGGAGAGGGCGGCGAGGCCGUCUUCCGGGCAGCAGCAGCAGCAGCCGGCUGCGGCGGGGGCGGCCACGACGACGACGAGGAGCGUGGGGUACGUGGGGAAGCACCGCCUCUCCGCCGCCAUCCAGCGCCUCGACCAGGAGCUCCAGUCACUCCAGGAUGAAUUGAAUGAGCUUGAAACCAUGGAACCUGCAUCUGCGGCAUGCCGGGAGGUGAUCACAAGUACUGAAGGAAAGCCUGACCCGCUUCUUCCAAUCACAAGUAGCCCGGAGAACUCUUCCUGGGACAGGUGGUUCCAGCGCGUGCGAAGCUCCCGCAGCAACAAAUGGUGGCAAUCCAAAGGCUCCGAUUUUGCCUAG